GCCAGUUCCGCGGCGGGCGCUUUCCUCCCUGAGGGCGACGCGAGGCUGUAGGAAGUGUACUUAGAUCCUAGAAUCUAAGGGUGGGCCCCGCGGCGGAGGGGGCUGGAGGAAGCAGCUCCGAACUCAGAAUCAAUCCAGAGGCGGUUUAAAAUAAGUUGGAUUCCAGAUCUCUCGUCAGACCUACCGACUCGGAAUUUCCGCGGACCCGGGCAGGUCUGCAUUUUCGCAGCCUGCAGCUGUAAUUGCCGAGCAGUGUGAGGACCAGAAGCCUGAAUGCAGCUCACUCCUCUCCCAACCUGCCCAUAAGAGCCUUUAUUCUGCUUUUAUAUCCACGAACAACUUUUAUUUCCUUUAAACCAGAGUUAGGGGUUGGGUGAUCUUCUGAGGGUGCAGCGGGGCCGCGCCUUGCGUUAUGCAAGCAUCCGCGCUGGCUGUUUUCAGUUUCCUUUCGGGACCCGGCGGCAGUGCGAGACGUCUGCGCAGAGAAAGACGCCAGUGUGCCGGAUCACACAGUCUUCAUUACAACCUCACGGUGCUGUCCCGGGAUGGAUCUGUGCAGUCCAGCUUUUUCGCUGGGGGACACUUGGAUGGCCAGGCCUUCCUGCACUAUGACCGUGAGACAGGCAAGGUAGAGCCCCGGGGACUGUGGGCAGAAGAGCUGGGAGCUGAGACGUGGGACACAGAGUCCAAGGACUUGACAGAGACCUGGAAGGACCUCAGAAAGCUUCUAGCAGAAAUCCUGGCCCUGCAGGAGGAGAAAGGAGGUUUCUCUACUAUGAUGGGGAGCUCCUCCUCUCCUGUCACCCAGAGACCAACGGAUGUACAGUGCCCCAGUCCUUGGCUCGGAACUGGGCCAUGGAAAUGGAGAAGUCCAGGGACACAGAUGGCUUUCAAAGCAAGUAUUACCGGGCCCACGUGCAGGGAGAGCUUUGUGGAAGACUGCGGGGCUAUCUGGAAUCCUGGACAGGCUUCAGGGAGAGAACAGGAGAGGAACAGCGUGUCAAGUACCACGUGGAACACAGCGGGAAUCACAGUGCACACCCUGUGCCCUCUGGAGAGACCCUGGUGUAUCAGAGUCAGUGGCGGACCAUCCUGGGUGUUGCUGCCUUUGCUCUUGUUUUUAUCAUCGGGCUUUGUGUCCUUUGCUGCACGAAGAAGAAGAAGAAGACAGCAUCAGCUGUGGGGAGCCCAGCCGUUAGCCUACAAGACCUGGAUCAAUGCCAGAUGGAGCCAAGUGACCAUAAUGGCCUCACACAACCGGGAUUUCAGUCCUCGUUGUCAGACCCUGCGUCCAUCAGUUCCACUGGGGGAGCUUAGAAUCUGCUGCCAGAGGCCUGAAUUCAGCUCCCUCUUCUGGUCUUACUAGCACUUUCCCUUUUGUGUGUGUUCUGUUAUUUAUUUUAUUAUUUUAAAAUUAUUUUUAUUUUAAAAAAGUUAUUAUUAUUAUUUUUUGAGGUGGAGUUUAUUUACAAUAUAGCACUUUUCCCUCUUGAUGCCUCAGUUUCUUCAUCUAUGAAAUGAGAAAAACAGUGUUUAUUUCCAGUUGUGGUGGGGACGAUUAAAAGCGUUCAUAUAUGUGAGGUGAUUGCUGCUGCACUACACUAGUUACUAACUCUAUUUUUGUUUUUUUAUGUUAUAAUAGAAUACAUGGAUAAUAAUUCAAUUAUUACAAAUAAGCUUUAUCAGUAAGUUUCCUCACUGUGGCUUCUCCCAAAAUGACUAAUAGCAGAUUUCUGGAAACUUGAGGUUCCCUUCACACCCUGUCACACUUGUAUAUGCAUUACUUCAU